CCCCGGGGCGGCAAGAGGGAGGAGCAUGACGUCACCCGGGCCACGCCUCCUCCGCUGGUUCGGUCCUGACGUUCAUUUCAUUCCUGUCCUCAUUCCGAGCAUUCCUCGCAUCGCUAGCGCCGAGUCCCCGCUCCCCUCACCGUGCUCGGCCCUCCCCGGGGUGCCCGCCUCCCCCCCCCCCGGCAGCCCAGCGGACAAUAGGCAGAGUGGGAGAAGUUGGUGGUGCUCAGCUUUGUGGGGUGUCCUCAGCCGCCCGCCCGCCGGGGGCUGCUCCUCUCCCUCCAAGUUCAGGUGACAGUGUCUGGAGUCAGCGGAAUCCCGGAGAAUAGCGGAGAAAGCUCUGAGCAAAUCCAACAGGAUUCCUCUCCUGCAAACUUCCCUUCUGAGCAGUCCAGAACAACUGCAGUAAUUCAAUUCUCCUGGCAGACAAUAGACUGUUGUGAACUAUGACUUAUAGCUUGCUGUCGUCUUCUCUGGUUUCUCUUUGUCCAGCGUCCAGGCCUUCGGCUUGGAGUACCCAACCGCCACCAUUGAGCCCAGUAGUUGGAGCGGCAGCGAAAGUCCUGCCGAGGACAUCGAAAGAAUGAGCGAUUCUGCCGAUAAGCCCAUGGACAAUGAUGCAGAGGGCGUCUGGAGCCCGGAUAUUGAGCAGAGCUUUCAGGAAGCGCUCGCUAUCUACCCACCAUGUGGGAGAAGGAAAAUUAUACUGUCAGAUGAAGGCAAAAUGUAUGGUAGGAACGAAUUGAUAGCGCGAUACAUCAAGUUACGGACAGGGAAGACGCGGACUAGGAAGCAGGUGUCUAGUCACAUACAGGUCUUAGCAAGAAAGAAAGUUCGCGAAAUCCAAGCCGCCAUUAAGGUGUCUAGUCACAUUCAGGUUCUUGCCAGAAGGAAAUCUCGUGAUUUUCAUUCCAAGCUGAAGGAUCAAACCGCCAAGGACAAAGCAUUACAACACAUGGCAGCCAUGUCCUCUGCUCAGAUCGUGUCCGCCACCGCCAUUCACAACAAGCUGGGACUACCGGGGAUUCCUCGUCCAGCCUUUCCUCCUGCACCCGGGUACUGGCCAGGAAUGCUUCAGACGGGGCAGCCGGGCUCUUCACAAGAUGUCAAGCCAUUUGUCCAGCAAACAUAUCCCAUCCAGCCAGCAGUCACAGCGCCUCUUACAGGCUUCGAGCCCUCUGCACCCCCUGCUUCAUCAGUACCUGCCUGGCAAGGGCGCUCCAUUGGCACAACCAUGCUCCGAUUGGUGGAGUUUUCAGCAUUUCUAGAACAGCAGCGGGAUCCAGAUGCAUACAACAAACACCUCUUUGUGCACAUCGGUCAAGCGAAUCACUCGUACAGCGACCCCCUGCUUGAACCCGUAGACAUACGCCAAAUCUACGACAAAUUUCCAGAGAAGAAAGGGGGCUUAAAAGAACUCUUCGGAAAAGGGCCGCAAAAUGCAUUCUUCUUAGUGAAGUUCUGGGCUGAUCUCAACUGCAAUAUCCAGGAUGACGCCGGAGCCUUUUACGGCGUAACAAGUCAGUAUGAAAGCUCCGAAAACAUGACCAUCACCUGCUCCACUAAAGUGUGUUCAUUCGGUAAACAAGUGGUGGAAAAAGUGGAGACAGAAUACGCGAGGUUCGAAAAUGGCCGAUUUGUGUACAGAAUAAACCGCUCUCCAAUGUGUGAAUAUAUGAUUAACUUUAUCCACAAACUGAAACACUUACCGGAGAAGUACAUGAUGAAUAGUGUAUUGGAAAACUUCACAAUUUUGUUGGUGGUAACAAACAGGGAUACGCAGGAAACUCUACUGUGUAUGGCAUGUGUAUUUGAAGUGUCAAACAGCGAACAUGGAGCACAGCAUCAUAUCUACAGACUGGUAAAAGAAUGAAUGUAGGACUCUGCCCUUCACUCCGUACACUACGUCUAGACACACACUAAAAAAACAACAACAAAAAAACUUCACAACGGACACUAACUAAACCUCAACACUAGUGGCAGCGCCUAUGGCCACCCAGCGUUUCUCCGCUCUGUUUAUUUUCCGUGACGUCAUUUCUAAUAUGUUUAUAAAUUAAUUGUAUCUGUGAAACAUUACGGUUUGUAAAGAUUUCUUAAAAAAGGAAAACAAAAAAAAAAACAAAAAAAAUAACCAAGCGGGGAAAAUAAAAAUAAAGUCAAACUCCGGUGCGGGGAAGACAUGCUGUUGCCUUGCAGAGCGAACGCACAGCACGGUUAUCCAGCAGUGAAAUGGUUAGAUGGUGCCACAGCUACUUAAAGUAGGCUUCUGAGGACGUGGCUUUUUUUUUUUUAUUUUAUUUUAUUUUUUGUUAAAUGUAAAAGGAAUUUUAAAGAGAAAAGAAAAUCAUUGGAAAGAGAAAAAAAAAAACUAGAGCCUUUAAAGGAUUUACAUAGAAAUGUAUGAAUGUACACAGACGUUAUAAAAACCUUUCUAACUACCUGAGGGAAAAGCAGGAGGACGAAUGUAAGAACCUAAAUUAUUUAAAGAAGAAAAAAAAUUCUGUUCAAAACCAAAUGAUCUAUUUCUUCAGAUGUGCCUGAAAUGAGGCGGGAGGCUUUUUUUUUUUUUUUCUGAUAUUUUAAUUUUAAAUUUUUAUUUUAUUUUUCUGCGGUUUUUAGCUAAUCUUUUAGUCUAGAACACUAUUUAAAAAAACAAACAAAACAAAAAAAAAAACAGACACAAAGAAUCGGUACGGCAGUCUAUAAACCAGUCCUUGUAAUAAAAUAUCUAGUGUAUUUAAGAAAAAAUGAUGUACUGUACUAAUAUAAAGAUUUAGUUUAGUAAGAGAUGGCUUAUUUUGCAAUAUUUUUUUUUUUUUAUGUUUACUUACAAAAAUGUCCUUUUUUACGUCUUAGAUAUAUUUUUUUUAUAUAUAUACGAACCUCAUAUUCGAAACAGAGUGAAGUGAAAUUAUAUCUGUUGGUAAAAAAAAAUACACUACAUUUAGAGGAAAAAAAAGUAUAAAAAGCUACACAUAAGAUUUAUGGAAUUUUACUGCAACAUUACAGUCAGUUAAUGAAAGUUUGUUGUCAAUUUUCUCUUUCAAAAAUCGGAAGUUUUACAAAUUCCUCACACAUGCGCAAACAUUUUUUGGGCAUGCUGCAGAUUUUUUUUAAAAUUUUUUUUUUUUUGCGCAUUUACACUUUAAAGGGGUACUCCACUGGCC